AACCUCGCAUCUGUGCUUCCUGGGGUUAAGAGAGCGUGCGGUCGGCCAUAUUGUCUCUGAUACAGCAGAAAUCUCCAGUGUCGACAAGAUACCGGUGAAAAGAACGGAACUCACCGCCUUCCCGAGGAAGGGGUCCGCACGGGGAAGUUUACGAGAAGGUAGCGACCUACAAAUAUUGGCACUGGAAACGAGGAAGCUGUUUAUAGUAGAGCCACUGUGCCACCCGUGGCCCCCCCUGCUCCUGGCCGGCCCCCCCCCCCUUCCCCUCCCCUCUCAUCGGCGUGUUACCGGGGGAACGACUGCGAGCCGAGCUCCCCAGCGACUCCCAUCCUUUUGCCACAGGACACGCCCCCCGCCUACUCUGCCAAGCUGUCGGACAUGUCGGGGCCUGUGCCGAGUCGGGCCCGGGUUUACACCGAGGUGAACACACACCGGCCCCGGGAGUACUGGGACUACGAGUCCCACGUGGUGGAAUGGGGAAACCAAGACGACUUUCAGCUGGUACGGAAGUUGGGGCGGGGAAAAUACAGCGAAGUCUUUGAAGCGAUCAACAUCACAAACAACGAGAAGGUGGUGGUGAAAAUACUCAAGCCAGUGAAAAAGAAGAAAAUUAAGCGUGAAAUUAAGAUUCUGGAGAAUCUUAGAGGCGGCCCUAAUAUCAUCUCCCUCUUAGACAUUGUCAAAGACCCUGUGUCUCGAACACCUGCUUUGGUUUUUGAACAUGUUAACAACACAGAUUUCAAGCAAUUGUACCAGACCUUAACUGACUAUGACAUAAGAUUCUACAUGUACGAGAUUCUUAAGGCUCUGGAUUACUGCCACAGCAUGGGUAUCAUGCACAGGGACGUGAAGCCGCACAAUGUGAUGAUCGAUCACGAGCACAGAAAGCUGCGGCUCAUUGACUGGGGUCUGGCAGAGUUCUACCACCCAGGCCAGGAGUACAAUGUCAGGGUGGCCUCUCGUUACUUCAAAGGGCCUGAGCUGCUGGUCGACUAUCAGAUGUAUGACUACAGCCUUGACAUGUGGAGUCUGGGCUGCAUGCUGGCCAGCAUGAUCUUCAGGAAGGAGCCAUUCUUUCACGGUCAUGACAACUAUGACCAGCUUGUGAGAAUAGCCAAAGUCCUGGGAACUGAAGAUCUCUACGAUUACAUCGACAAGUACAACAUCGAGCUGGAGCCUCGCUUCAACGAUAUCCUGGGAAGGCAUUCCCGCAAACGAUGGGAGAGGUUCGUUCACAGCGAGAACCAGCACCUGAUCAGCCCCGAAGCCCUGGACUUCCUGGACAAACUGCUGCGCUACGACCACCAGGCCCGGCUCACCGCCAGGGAGGCCAUGGAGCACCCCUACUUCUAUCCCAUUGUGAAAGACCAGACUCGACUGGGGGGAUCCGCCAGCUUGCCGAGCGGGAACACCCCCGUGAGCACAGCCAACAUGAUAACAGGAAUCGCCGCCCUGCCGGCCGCCACCACCCUGGGCCCCCUGGCGGGCUCGCCCGUCAUCGCCGCCGCCAGCGCCCUGGGAGCGGCCGUGCCCGCCGCGGCCGGAGCCCAGCAGUGAUUGGCCCCGGCCGCCCUCCUGUCCUCCCCCGCCCCGGUGCCCCCCCACCGUGCCCCCCGGCCUGUCUCGUCGCAGCCCAAACGCGGGCAUCUGCUCUAACUCCCCGCCCCCCCACACCGCAGCCACACCCCUUUUUAAUUCGGGCCUAUCGUUCCCGGGGGUCCAGGAAUGCCAACCUCCGUGCAGUUCAGCUUGUGGAUUCUUUUUAGUUCAGUCGACCUGGAAAAAUAAGAUAACUGAAUGUUUCGUACGUCAUAUAUACCGGUAUUCCGUGCAUUCGACAGCUGACGAUGACGAUGAUACACAUGCUGCACCAGCGUGAGCAUGUGUGUGCUUGUGUUUACACUGCAAAAUGGAUAAAAAUUUGUAGAUAAUGAGAUCCUCAACUGGUUAGGUUAUGCGAAGAAAAAACACAGUAGAUGACAAAAAUAGUUAGCUUAAAAAAAAGAAAAGAAAAAAAAACCGAAAGGAAUAUAAUAGCAUUCGGACCAAAACGAGCACGCGCUCUAAACCCGUAAACGCAACAGUAAAAAAAGAUCAACCAGGGCCACCUUCAGCGGUUACACAUUCUUUUUUUUGUUGGACCUCUCCAGAAGCGUUGCCAUGGCGCCUGUGAUGGGUUGUGUUUGGUAAUUUGGUGGUCCUUCAGCUGAAGCUGCAUCGGUUCACCACAGCAGUGACCACAGACACUUUCAAGGCCGUCCGGCGCACUUCGAGCAAGUUCCGAUAAACCUGAUCCAUCUUGCGUUAUCGACUGGGGGGAAAACGGAGGGAUCCUGAACACAAUCUGAUCAUCUGGAAUGCCAUAUAUAUCUGAACUGGGAUGGGAUGUGGUUUAUUGGCAGUAUCCCAUCAUUCAAUGUGCUCAAAGCUUACUUAAAGCCAAGCCAUCUGUUCUGCUGUCAUUUUUAACUUGCUGCUUUACAGUUUCUUGAAUUCACUCAAGUAGCAUAACCAAAGUUAAUACUGAAUUACUUGGGAAGAAGAGACUGACCAAAACUGACCUUUUUUUGUUUGUUUGUUCGUUCGUUCGUUUGUUAUUGAAAGAUGGAUACUGCCUUUAAAAUGACUUAACUUGCCAUUGUUCGAGACGGACAUUUGUAGUUCAUUUUUUUCUUUUUAAGUAGCCAGGAGUGUAUAAGAGAGAGCACAAGUGUUACACUUUUACUGUGCUUGAAAUGGUUUUCUAUUGUCUGUUAUUUAGAUUUAAAGGAGAAUGGGGUUUUCUUUUAUAUCCCUGAAAAUUUUGAUUUUUUUGGACACAGAUCCUCUAACCUUUCUGGUCUUUUUGUUGUGAUUAAUUUCAGGGUAAUGGUUUUUGUUUUGUUUGUUUGUUUGUUUGUGUCUGCCUUUAGUGAGUUUUUGUUUGGACUUGCAUUUUGAAGGACAUACUGAACUUGAAGGGUUAAAUGUUUUCAGCAUUUCUGUGCCAUUGAUUGGGAAUCUUGUAAACACAUGGUCUUGUAUGCUUAGACCUUGCUGUAAAUAGGCACACUGCAACUUUUUUCAUUUCUUUUUGAAAACUUGGAACAUGUGAUACUUAGACACCACCAUUACAAUGAAGUUGUUUGGGCCCUUAACAUCACUGUAUAUAUUUUUAUGUCCCCCUUAUGUGGAAGACCAGUAUUUGAGAACAUUUGUGUAAAUAAACACGUGUUUUAUUUAUCAAGGGUA